AUGUCCACUGUUCAGUGUUUCCGUCAGCUUCUUCGACCCCAGAGAGCUCCGAGGGUGCGCGCGCGCGCACGCACACAAACAGAGCCAAACAUCCGUAGCCGCAGCCGCAGCCGCACGUCAGCAGCAAAACAACCGCUGCCAGACUUGGUGCACCUGAAAAGUAACAAGGGCCGUCCUUUCUUUCACCAGGGCAUACCCGACCUCUUCCUCUUCCUCCCACUGCGGCCAAGCCAAAGUGCCAACCUGGGAACUCCGACGACCGACCCUCCGACUCUUAAGUCCCUACUGCGUAGAAAGCCAGCGAUUCCAUUGGGCCAAAAGAGCACCUUUACCUUACCUAAGCCAUUCUUUCUUCCCGAGUCCAAAAACCACCACGCAUCCACGAAUCCACACCCACACACACACACACCACCCCUCCUCUCCCCCAACACCGACAAGGAGAGAGAAAGACAGCGAGACAACGCCAGCGCGCCCUCUGUACAACAGCAAUCACCGUACCUUUUCCCGCUUUUGUACGUACCCUGGUCCUCUGGCUACUGUCCUACUCCUCCUCCUCCCCCCGAACUCGUUGCCUCACUGCCUGGGCUCGCUGCUCCCUACUGCUUUGCUUCAUUCGUGGUGCUUCCUGUUGCUCUCCGCUUGCCUGGAAAGAGUACGCGCGUUGCGAGCUGGAUUGACUCGAAUCCCCCUCUGUCGUCCAUCGUUUCGCGGCUGGGUUUUCCCCUCUCCUUCGAGACUGGAUCGUCAAUUUUCCCUCAUCUCUUCCCUCCCCCUCUAUUAUCAAUCAGCUCCUCUUUUCUGGGCCCGAUGCGCCGGCCCCUCCACUCCGCCGGCGACAACAUCUGCAGACCUCACCACCACCACCACCAUCAAGCCCUGCUUUUCCUGCUCUGCCUUCGCUUCCGCCAAGUCAUUCAAGCGACCGAUACCCCCAAACCCGUCCUUCGCAUGCGUUGA